AUGGAGGGACCUCUUGGAGUAGAACUUGAUGAUAUCCAUGGAGUUGCUUGGGAUGAUGGGCCCCACGAUGAUGUUGAGACGAUACAAAUCUAUUGCCAUGACCUUGGUAUCAACGCGGUCAAGUUUGGGUACAGAGACGGCACGCACGGACAGAGGAGGCCAGAUCCUAGACAAGAAACAAUGGCCGAGUUUCUUUUGAAGGAUGGUGAAUACCUCACAAUGGUAUAUGCAGAGUGCGGCCUAAGUGGAAUAAAAACCAUUCAGUUCAAGACCAACAAGCGAAACAUGGAAUGCGGAGCGGCCACUGACGGGACAGAGGAACCGGUCUGUUUUGGGUCCACUGACGGGACAGCAAAGAUCGUUGGCUUCCAUGGCGUUUCCGGGGAUCAGUUCCUUCAACAAAUCGGAGUCCACUGGGCUCCAGUCUAG